ACACAGUGAGACUGCUCAGUAGCUUAUCGAUCGCGCACACGUCAGGUAGUCGUUUACCAGAAGUCUGAAAAUAAUAGAACGGACAAAAUACAAUAUCUUUAGUAUAGUCUACAGUAUUAAAUAUAUAUAUUUCCUAAAAAUAGGAUUAGUAAUUUUAAAAAAUGUAUCGAUUCCACAAAAUCACCUCACCGGCAUUUUCGGCCAGUUGCCUCCUAAACAAACGCAUAUUGAGAUGCGCAUCAUCUUUAUUCCCUGGUGAAUAUACUGCACCAGUGAUAAAGACACCAGUACCAGGACCAAAAUCUAAAAAACUUUUAGACGAGUUAUCUGAUUUACAGCAAGCCGGUUCAGUCCAAUUAUUUGCUGAUUAUAACAAAUCCUUAGGAAACUAUUUGGUAGAUGUUGAUGGUAACGUUCUUUUAGAUGCUUACACGCAAAUAUCGUCUAUGCCUUUGGGAUACAACCAUUCAGAUAUGUUAAAAGUAUUCGACAACGAAGAAAACAAGAAAGCUAUCGUUAACCGACCUGCAUUGGGUGUUUUCCCCGGGUCAGACUGGCCAGAAAAAUUACGAAAAACAUUGUUGAGUGUUGCACCGAAAGGUAUGAAUAGUAUUACUACUAUGAUGUGUGGAUCAUGUUCAAAUGAAAACGCUUACAAAAACAUGUUUCUUAAAUAUCAAAGAGAUAAAAGAGGAGGAACGUCCAACUUCACUGAACUUGAAAAAGAAUCUUGUAUGAUUAAUUUGCCACCAGGUGCACCGAAUUUGUCAAUAUUGUCCUUUAAAGGGUCAUUUCAUGGUCGAACUCUUGGAGUAUUAUCUACUACACACUCCAAGUAUAUACACAAAAUGGACGUGCCAGCAUUUGACUGGCCAAUCGCAAGUUUUCCCGAAUACAAAUACCCUCUGCACGAAAACGUUAGAGAAAAUCAAGCUGAAGACAAAAGAUGUUUGGCUGAGGUAGAAGAAUUAAUCGAAAAAUGGGAGAAAAAAGGUAAUCCUGUAGCUGGAAUUAUAAUCGAACCUAUUCAAGCAGAAGGCGGAGAUAAUCAUGCGUCGCCGGAGUUCUUCCAAGAGCUUCAAAAGAUAGCAAAAAAACAUAAUGCAGGUUAUUUAAUAGAUGAAGUACAAACUGGAGGAGGACCAACUGGAAAGAUGUGGUGUCACGAACACUUUGAUUUGGAAACUUCUCCUGACAUUGUGACAUUUAGUAAAAAAAUGCAAACUGGUGGAUACUACUUGAAAAGAGAAUUUUUACCCGAUUUGCCGUAUCGCGUUUUCAAUACUUGGAUGGGAGAUCCAACCAAAAUAGUUUUGCUUGAAGCCAUCUUAAAUGUUAUUAAAAGAGAUAAUUUACUAUCGGUGGUUGAAAAAUCUGGAGACAUACUCAUGUCUAACCUUAGAGACUUAGAAGCUGAAUUUCCUGCUUUGAUCAAUUCCAGCAGAGGACGUGGAACGUUUAUAUCAUUUAACGCAGCUGAUAGCAAACUCCGAGAUGAUUUCGUUAAUAGACUUAAAGCUAAAGGGGUCCAAACUGGAGGAUGUGGGGAUAUUGCUAUUAGAAUGCGUCCAGCUCUGAUUUUCCAACCUCAACAUGCUCACAUAUUCAUCGAUAGACUUCGUCAAGUGUUAUCCGAAACUAAAUAAGUAUAGUGAAUAAAAUGUUGAUUUUGCAUUUUUAUUUGUUAAUAAUAUUUUUGUGAUAAUUUUACUAUGUCUUCCAAAUGUUUCAAUGUCUUCCAAAAAAAUAAAAUAAGAAAGCUAUUUAUAAUAAUUAUUGUAUUCCGUAACAAUGUCCUUAAUGUGGCCGAAUGAUAGAUAAAUUAUAUUUGUAAUUUAUUAUAAUUAAUUAAAUAUUAUAGUAAUAAUUCAACAUU